CAAGCAAUUAGAAGAGACUCAUUCUGGUAUACUGCAUCAUUGCACAGCUAUUGCAUCGCUAACUCAGGAUGGCUGUGUCACUCAAAGCUGAUUGGAGCCGUGAGCAUUUUUCUUGACUAAAGUCAUGCCAUCUGAGCCAUUUAAUUGGGACCCAAAUGACAGACGAAGUACAGAGAGCAGCAUCCCCGCUGUCCAAGCCCCUUGUUGCACUUCACCCGGCGUGGAUGUUAACAUGUAACAGACGAACCGGCGUGCUGUGAAGAGCAGAUUUCAGGCACAGCGCGAAGCCAUUUCUGUCCAAUUAUACUAGUGGCCACAACUAUUGGUUAACAUUGAAAAGAAAAAAAAAACACUUAGCCUGUACUUGGAAAGCAAGGCGGCAGCUUGCAUAUAUAAAAGUCUUGCCGGCCCCGGUUGAAAAUUAAAGAGGAUAAUCCUCCUUUGAAUUUGGACGUCCUCCGUGAAGCCGACCUGAGAGGAAUAAAUGAUCACUUCAACAAGACGGGUAUCGCCUGACAAACCUGAAUAUAGAAUUGCCUUCAGUCUCGACGAACCCUCAGAGUUGAAAGAUGUUGAGGACUUCCUUCAAACCUUUCCUGACCUCGAGCAGCAGUUACAGCCACUGCUUCCGUGCCAGGCCCUGAAGGAGUCCGUCCAGGUGUACAAGGACCACUGCAAGAUGGCCAAGGAGUUCCACAAGGUCAAGACCGAGAUUGCCCUACUAGAGGACCGAAAGAAAGAACUGAUUGCAGAACUGAUGGAGGAUGAGAAAGCCAGUGUGGAGAUUGCCCGUUUGGAGGAGGAAUUCCGAGUGCUCUCAGAGGAGAACCGCACUCUGGUGAAGGUCCACAGCCAGCGUCUGGAGACCCUCAGGGUGCUUAGCCAGAAGAGGCAGGGCUCUUCAUGACCUUUGCCUACCCAGUGGUCCUCCCCAACUUAGGAGGUUCUCCUCUUAUUUGAAGGUCUACUGGGAUCACAUGAUCUGAAGUUUCUGUUAAGGGAAAUGAGGUCCCUAUAUUAAUUUGGGUCCUGUCCUCAGGCCAAGGUCCAUAAGGUCCACUUGCUUGUGAACAAGCAGUUCCGAAUCCUGGAUUUCUCUCCUAGCUGUCAGCCGCAGACAUUCAAAAUGAUUUUUUGUUUCUGUUCAACAGUUGAGUGUAUGUUAUGAUUAUACGCAUAGCUCUUCAGUGAGGACAGUUGCUCAUAGAGUGUAUGUAUACAUUUUCUGGAAAAGUAUAAUGUCUGAUCUACAGUGUUGUGAAACUCAGUACUAAGCAUGUCUUGUUUCAUUUUACGUAUUUUCAUGUUCUAUUAAGGGUUAAAUGAAGGGUCGACACAUAUUACUGGUUUGUAUCUAUCUUAAAGCAGACAUUUAUGAAUUGGUAAAUAAAAUACAUUAAAUGUUACAAAUUGUUUCCCUUUACAUGUGUUGUUUUUAAGCUACAUACAUGGUACCUGAAGAAAAGGAACUCGACGUUUCCCGAUGUGUGCAGUUUUGUGUCAUUGUGAAAGAACCCCAUCAAGCUUAUGUUUCUUUACUUAACCGCCCGGCAAAUUUCACCGGCACAAUUGCGGAAAAACUUUGGGAAUUAUUAUCAAAAAUACACGGGCUGUUCCCCAUGUAGCAAAACCACAAUAAAAUUAGACCAUUACAAA